GAACAUUUAAAACAUCCGAAUCUCAACGGUCGCUAGAUGCUUGUUUUUAAUUUCCAUUGGCGACCUGUCGUAAAAAUCGUAAAUUCUCGCCAAAGUGUUUGAAACGUCAAAAAUUGAUGAAAGUUUACGAUUUUUUACACUUUCUCUUAUACAGAAUUGUGCAGAUGUGAUAUUUUCGGUGUCUACAAAUUGUUUAACGAGUGAAGUGUUGAUUUGAAAAAAAUGGGCAAACCCGAGUUUAAAUCCCCUCGGCACAGGGGUGCUUCCACCAAGUCGCGUCUAUUGGGCAAAAAGGGCCCCCCAGUGCGGUCUUCGGCCAACAUCCGAGUCGUGGUUCGCGUCCGCCCCCCGAACGAAAAAGAGCAAGGCGAUAAUAGCAGGGACGUUGUGAGGAUUGUAGACGACCAAGUGCUGAUUUUCGACCCGAAGUGCCAUUCCCAGGCGUUUUUCUACCAUGGGGUGGAGCAAAAGGGGCGCGAUUUGCUGCGGAAGGCCAACAAAGACAUGCAAUUUAUGUUUGAUAGGGUGUUUGGGUACGAGUCCACGAAUCAAGAAGUGUUUGAGAGCACCACCAAGAGUCUUAUUGAGAGUCUCAUGGACGGGUACAACUGCUCGGUUUUUGCCUACGGGGCCACGGGGGCCGGCAAGACUCACACAAUGAUUGGACAGACUGACAAUCCCGGAAUCACUUACCUAACAAUGGCUGAGCUGUUUAAAGCCAAACAGAAUUUGCAGGAAGAACGCAAAUUUGAAUUGGGGAUUUCGUACAUCGAGGUUUACAACGAAAUGGUUCAGGAUUUGCUAAAUCCGGGAGCCCCGUUGCAACUACGGGAUGAUGGCCGGUAUGGGGUCAUGGUGGCUGGGAUUAAAGUCCACAAAAUCGAUAAUCCGGACGAACUUUUCACGCUAUUAGCAAAAGGGAAUAGUAAUCGAACCCAACACCCCACCGACGCCAACGCUGAGAGUUCCCGGUCGCAUGCUGUCUUCCAAGUCUACAUCCAGAUGGAGAUGAAAGCCACUCGCGAAGUCCGGGCUGCCAAACUCAGCAUGAUUGAUCUAGCCGGCAGUGAACGGGGCUCCGCUACCGGAUAUGGGGGCGCAAGGUUCGCCGAAGGCGCCAAUAUAAACAAAUCACUCCUUGCACUUGGAAAUUGUAUUAAUAGUCUUGCCGAUGGCCAAAGAUACAUCCCUUACAGAGACUCCAAAUUGACGAGACUACUUAAAGACAGUCUAGGGGGCAAUUGUCAGACCGUCAUGGUGGCUAAUGUGUCUCCAUCCUCGCUGUCUUACGAUGAUACUUACAAUACGUUAAAGUAUGCGACUAGGGCCAAGAAAAUCAAAUCAGAAGUUAAGAAAAAUGUUGUCAAUAUGGAGUUGCACGUGGGAGAGUAUGUAAAAAUUGUUGAAGAUUUGAAAAAGGAGUUGGAGAGAGUCAAAGCACAGCUCAGGGAGAAAGUCAGCGAGAAGAAAGUUGACGGGAAAGUGGCUCUAGAGUUUGGGAAGUUGAUCGAAAGUAGGAAGAAGUUGCUGGAUAGGAUGUUCCAUGUUGAGUGUUCGGAGACCACGACGGUUUUGAGAAGGCAAUUGAAAGAGGAUGCGGAUUCGAGACUGAGCGGCUUAUUGAACGAAACACCCGAAAAAGAGGAAGCUCACCGCAGACUCGGCAACAUUGUUAGUCGCUUCCACCGCCAAGAAGACAGUCUUCGGGCCGAAGUGGACAAAUUAGCCAAAUCGAAAAUAGAGUUAGAAAACAAGACCAUCGAUUUGGUCCUCGAGCACCCCGAACUGGAGAAAAAAUCCGAACUGUGUGAGGAGAAAAUCGGCAAACUCGAGUUGCAAUACCAAGUCAACUUGAUGCAAAAGCGGUGCUCCAUCCUCGAAGAAGAGCUCCGUUCCCGAGCCAACCUCUUGGAGAAGACGUGCAAAAUGCUCCAGAGUUGCUAUUUGCAGUUGCGAGGGCACGGGUUUGCCACCGACGUCUUGUGCCAAGAGUAUCAGAGUCUGGUGAACCACGUCCAAGGCAGGAGGAACAUCACGUGGGACAGCCCCCUGGACUCGGGCUUGAGCUCGACGUCGAGCACUUCGUCCAUUGACGGUGAUAUCAGAUCGGCGCGCAAAAGGGCCAAUGAUGAGAAUGUCAACGGGAUGAACAGCACCUUUGUCAUGGAGCCCCCCAAGCCCAAAGUGAAAGUGUGUGCCGAAGAACUGAUGGCUAAAGUGUACAAUUCACCAAAUCUUAAGCCGAAAAAGGCGGUCGUGGUGAAGGAUAGGAGGGCCGAGGCGGCCAAACGACCAAUAACUCCAGUUGAUUUCAGUGUUGAGGAAGAAACAGCUGACUAAAUCUGAUCCGUUAAAAAAACGUCCGGCGUUCAGGACUUGAAGCUUAUAUUCACGUUAAUGUUUUUAUAUAGAAAAGUUUUAUUUUAAUUAUAUGAAAUAUUUUAUUUUCUUAGAAUUAACCAUAAUUUUGUACAUGAUCGAUAUAAAAAAUUAAAAUAGUCGGUUGUUGAGGUGAGUGAAAUAGUUUAUAGCUCUUGCGACAGUAUUUUCCACUGUGUUGUCCUCAAACUGUUCGCGGGCAAACACCACCGGCGUGAGUCUCACACGUGCAAUCACAAUUAACAAGAUCACAAUAAUUAUUGAGAAAAUCACUGCACUAGCCAGGAACACCAACGGCAUUAAGAAGUAGUGAGGCAUCGCAGGGGGGCCCGAAUGCGCCUCGAUGAUUUCGCAGUGGUGGUGAUGUGGAUGUCCUAUGGCCAUUCUCGUAUUUAUUCGACUUAAUUUAUACUCUUGUUUAGAUGCAUGGACUGACUCUUGUAUUCUAAUGUAAAAUAAAGAUCUACCCAUUUU